AUGUCGACUCGAUCGACAAAUCAAAACUUGCUACCGGAAUCCGAUCCCAAUCUGAUUUUUAGAGCCGCAAACGCCGAGAAGCGAAAAGCCAAACUACUAGCUGCGAGCGAAGCUAGAGUAGCGACAGCUAAAGCAAACGCAGAGGCCCGCAAAUCGCAAGGCAACCCCGCAGCGUCUUUACCCUCCUCACCUCCCAAAAACGAGGUCUCUCCAUUGUCUAGCGAAGCAAUGUCAACACCGCUACCAUCCUCUUCAAAAUCGGGUGAUUCAGCCAAGGAAGGAAAAACAACAUCCAUUACCAACCCGACGCCCAAGUCGGAGACAAUAUCAUCCGCGGGUCCCGCUACACUCACCUACGACAAUGUCCCCUUGGACCAAUUCAUGCGAUUUGUCAUGAAAACCCAACAUCAAUCAUUAUUGAGUGCCGAAGCGGAUCGCGUUGCGGCUUCCGAGAGGAUCAACAUGCUUGAACAGGCUGUUCUUAAACUAUCAACCAAGGCCGAACAACCGUCACAGACUACAGCAAUCAGUCCGGGAAGAAUAGAUCUCCAAAAGUUCAGGCUAUCAGACGGCCCCAUCUUCCGAGGACCGUUUGGCGAAAUUGAGGCCUUUUUGAAGUGGAUGCGGGGUAUCCAGAUCUUCUUCUCAACAAAAGGAGUAACCCACGCUGAAGAUAAAGUCCGUAUUGCGGGGAGCCUGAUCAAAGAGACUAACUUACUAGCCUUCUAUCACAACGGAUCGGCAACCUAUAUUGGGGGCACAUGGAAGGAGUUUAAAGCAGCCUUGUUUGACUUUGCGCUACCUCCCCGCUGGCGCACCGACCUCAAGGAACAAAUUCAACAUCUGCAGAUGCUCAACUCAGAAUCUUUCUUAGCCUACAGUACUCGAGCACGAACACUACAAAGCCUACACAACUUUGAUGAAGCAACACUCACUGACCUGGAGCUAGCUCAAUUUGUGACGUUUGGGACCUCUGGUGCACUGCGAGGAAAAAUCGAUGACUUUGAACUCCUAGAACAAACACCGUUUGUAUAUGCUACCUUUGAGAAAAAAGCCUCUGGUUACCACAAAAACUUGAUGAGACACCUGCCAACUCACGAGCCACGCAUCCAACCUAGCGGACCCGUACAACAGACCAGACAACUCACUAAGGACGAAUUCAUCUGGCGCAUCCAUGCUUAUCUUGACUCACAAGGCCUUUGCCAUUUCUGUAAGAAAGCCUGUGGUAGUGCACCGGGUACCUGUCCGGGUCCACUGGAUCGGUCCAUUGUCCCCAUCCCUCCCUCCUUUGUAGCUCCAGCCAAACCAAGUGAUUACAAACGCCCAACCCCACGCAACGGUACCCAAUCAUUGGCGGGCAAGCCAACUAAUCUCCCAGCUGGACGACCAUCCCCAAAGACAGCUUCUGUUUCGGCACUGGCAGAAGAGGACUUAUACUCAGCCCUUGAUGAAGCAGCAGUCUCGGCAAUUCAACUGAUGAACGAUGAACUUGAACUGGCCAAGACCGAAAAGAAGUUAGCUGAGACACAGGAGAAACAACCGGAAAAGGCGACAUUCAAUAUAUCCGGGGACAACUUCUUUCCUGAAAUGGAUCGAGCAGCGGUAGCGGCCCUCAAAGACCUUGACAAACACCUAGACACAUUGAGAAAUGAUGGGUCGGAAGAACUGUUGGAUGAUGAGUGUCAGACACUGAGACACUAG